UCGUACGCACGUUCUGAGCGUGCAGUGUCUCUUCUCUCUCAGCCCGGAAUUGGAGCAGGAGACAUGUCAGCGAGCGGGAGUGAACAGGCAGCCGGGGCACAGAAUGGAGGAGCCCUCACUAGUAGUGGCAACGCGGAUUCACGGAUCUUUGCUCCAAAUAUUGGCAACAGGGUCACUGUGGUGCUCGGUGCUCAGUGGGGCGAUGAGGGGAAAGGAAAGGUGGUGGAUUUACUCGCUCAGGAUGCAGACAUAGUCUGCAGAUGUCAGGGCGGGAACAACGCCGGACACACGGUAGUGGUGGACUCGGUCGAGUACGACUUCCACCUUCUCCCCAGUGGAAUCAUCAACCCGAAGGUCACGGCCUUUAUCGGGAAUGGUGUUGUCAUUCAUCUUCCAGGCCUCUUUGAUGAGGCUGCCAAGAAUGAAUGCAAAGGAAAAGGUCUUCAGGGGUGGGAGAAGAGGCUCAUUAUCUCAGACAGGGCACACAUCGUGUUUGACUUCCACCAAGCUGUCGAUGGGGUUCAAGAGCAACAGAGGCAGCAACAAGCAGGAAAGAAUUUGGGGACGACGAAAAAGGGCAUCGGUCCGGUGUACUCCGCCAAAGCUGCCCGCAAUGGACUCAGGAUAUGUGACCUACUCUCUGACUAUCAGGACUUCUCCGAGAGGUAUAAGCUCUUGGCCCAGCAGUAUAAGUCUAUGUACCCUACGCUGGAAAUUGACAUAGACGGGGAGCUGGAGAAACUCAAGACCUACGGGGAGCGGGUGAAGCCCAUGGUGAGGGACGGGGUGUACUUCAUGCAUGAGGCUCUUCAUGGCCCCCCCAAAAAGAUCCUUGUAGAAGGGGCCAACGCUGCCCUACUGGAUAUCGACUUCGGAACGUAUCCCUUCGUGACCUCGUCCAACUGCACGGUAGGAGGAGUCUGCACGGGUCUGGGCAUGCCCCCGCAGAACGUUGGCGAGGUGUACGGUGUGGUCAAGGCCUACACCACCCGUGUAGGCAUCGGAGCAUUCCCCUCGGAACAGAGCAACGAAACCGGGGAGCUGCUCCAAACAAGAGGCAGGGAGGUGGGCGUGACCACCGGCCGCAAGCGAAGAUGUGGUUGGCUGGACCUGGUGCUCAUCAAAUAUGCUCACAUGAUCAAUGGCUUCACAGCUAUAGCCCUCACCAAACUAGACAUCCUGGAUGUGCUGGAUGAAAUUAAGGUGGGCGUGGCUUACAUGGUGGAUGGAGAAAUCAUCCCUCAUUUCCCAGCCAAUCAGGAGGUGCUUCAGAGGGUGGAGGUGCAGUACGAGACCCUGCCCGGCUGGAAGAUGGACACGUCUGCGGUUCGGAAAUUCGAGGACCUGCCAGAAAACGCCCAGAAGUAUGUGCACUACGUGGAGCAGCAUCUAGGCGUGCCCGUGAAAUGGAUCGGCGUGGGCAAAGCCCGGGAGUCCAUGAUCCAGAUCUUCUGAGUCGCCCCUCCACUCGCCUGCUCCUCAUUCUCACGCAGGUGCCCACAGCCAAGGGGGAGGGGGUGGGAGAGUGUGUGCUUGUGUGUGUGUUUGUGUCUUUGCGUGUGUGUGCGCGUGUGUGUGUGUGCAGAGGCGACUCUUCAUCUCCACCACCCCUCCUCCUCCUCCUCUUCAUCUUCAUCAUUGGGAAACAGUGGACCUUUAUAUAUUAUAUGCGGACAUAGAUGGAUGAAGGAUAAUGGACUCUCCGCUGUUGUUGUUGUUGUUGUUUUUUUUUUUUGCUUUUCUUUUUGGGGAGGAAGGAGAUGUCUUCCUCUCUUCAUGCCAAUGAAUGUUUGCCCAUUUUGCGCUAGCCCCCCGUCCUCACAUCCAUCCGUCUUUCUGUCCUUCAUUCUCUCACUUCCUGCUCUCUCUGAUUAUUGUGGGCUACACAUCCAGCCUAAGUCUCAGCUAUUGCCAUAGGUCUUCAGUGUCCCCAAUCCUGUGUAUAAGCCCAUCAUAUAAACCCAUCACAGUUCAGCUCUUUACUCUUACUGGACCACAUCAUGGUUGAAAAGAUCUUUUGGUGUGUUAGUUUGUUUGUUUUUAAUGUGCUAUGGGUUUCCCAACUUCUUUGGUAACCUUGGUUACCCCACCCUGAUUUUAUUACCUUGACAGAUCUUCGUUUCGGCGGAGUUUUAAAGUUACGGCAGAGUUUUAAAGUGGCAGUGGAGUUCACAAGGGCUCCCCAUCACAUUUGUGUGAGCUCUGGUCAAGUCCUGACCCUGACCCUGACCCUGACCCAACAGAGUGCAGAAUGCUCUAGUGAAAAGCCCAUACAGGACAUGUGUGUACCCAGGGAGUUAAUUCAUUUUGGAGCACGUAAGACCUCAGCUCUCUUCUCCCCACUGAUAUCAGUCGUUGUCAUCGUGCCAUCUCUCAUCAAACCAUAAUCUUGGACAUUCAGAAAAGCCUUACUAGGCUGACUGGAUUAGCGUGAUUGAAAUGUAUAGUCAACGGGUCAAAUCUUAAACUUGUAGCAAAAAAACCUGCUACAUGGUCGUCCCUGUGAUGUUUGAGGUGAGUGGAUGUUUGCUGAUGAUGUGCUGACCUCAGGUGUCACUAUGGGACUGUGGCUGUAGUGCGCUACACAGAGCUACACAGACACGCUCUCCAUCAUCCCCUCUUCCCUCUUCAUUCUCAGGAUCAGUCACAUGAUCAGCACUAUGAAUGUGUUUGAUCUGUAAUUUGGUGUCUGUGUGUCUCUGUGUGCGACAUGAGGAGAAAAGGGUCGGCCUUUGGCAAAUGUAGCACAUUAUUCAGCCCACAGCUACUACUGCUGCAUGUUCCCGGGAGCGAGUAGCUCAUUGCGAAAUGAUCUUUACCAUGGACGUGAUGGCGUCCCCAUAAUUUUUUCUUCAUAAAUGUCGAGUUAAGUGUAGCUGUUCGGUCAGUUAGCUGCCAAAUCCUCAUGUAAUUCAACCAAGCCUUUCAGGCCCCGAGUGUUUUCAGGGCUUUUAAUAGAUUUUUUGGCCCAGAUAGAUCUUUGAUUGUGUGUGAGAUCGUGUGCUUUCAGGUGCUGCAGAAAGUCCCAAAGCUCACAGGUAGGCAUUUGAGAUGCCUCAGGAUUGACAGCUGUGUGUUAACUUAACUUAACUUAACUUAACUUUCUUUCGUCGCAAAGAACUACACGAGAGGAGAGAGGUGAUCUGGAGCUCCGCCUGCAUUAUUUCUUUGGUAAUAAUCCCCAGUGAGAUACUAACUAGAUGCGUGUGUCUAUAGAUGUCUGAGCUGUCUCUACCUCCUUCUCAGUGUAACGGAAAACGAGGCUCAUCAGCGCCUCUAGCUGCAGGGCCGUUGGAAUCGUUCAACCAGCAGCAUCCCACUAUUGUUUGGUUGUUUGGUUGUUUGUUUUUGUGCAUUGUGUUUGUUUGGAGUUUGUGUGUUUAGUUUGUCGUCCUUUUAGUGCCUGAGUCUGACGGUGUAUGCGAAGAUCUGUAUAACCAGUAAAGGCAGGGGCAUCGGACACGGGUCAUCUCUGUGUCAACACCGUUACACGCAACUUGUUUCUGUCUCCAGCUCUGUCAUAGCCUUUUCUCUUUCAUGACAUUUAUUGAUCAUGUGUGCCUCUCCUCUAGUUGAAUACGCAGGUCCUUUUGUCCUUGGACACAUUGCGGCUCCGUGGUCACCCUUCAGGGUGCCUUGUUAGCAUGAAACCUAUGUCUUUACUUCAGUGACCAGCCGCUUGACGACUGCCAGGGGCUUGCCUGCCUUCAAGGACCGGCCUUGCAGUCUGAAGAUCUGCGCAGCGUUAAACUUAAGUGUGUCACUGAACAGGUGGAAUAAUUGGGCCUCUUGUUUCUCUUUAGUAAUGCCAACCCAUGUGCCAAUGGUUUUGAGGGAGACCGUUGCUCUCGGAGAUGGUCUGUGUUUCUAUAGUAACUGGGGACUUUUACUGUAGAUCAGUUAAUGGCCGUUUUUAGAUGCAAUUAACCUCCACCUGCCCCAUUCCAUCUACACCUGUUAGUCUCAAAGAAUGUCCAUUUUCUCCAAACUAUAUAUCAGAGGUUGCAAAGGCAUACAUCACACCCUCAGCAUUUUGGCUAGGCCUGUACCCAAGUGCAUACGUACUUCUUUAAGUGUAGAAGUAUAAGCCUGUAUACGUCUGUCUCAAUUUCUGCCUUAGUAUGAAAGGAUGAGCUUUGGUACGAGACCUCAACGUUCUCCACCUGUAAAAGCCUUGUUUCCUGUGCUCAUUCUACUGAGGAGCCGGCUGACUGAUAAGGGACUUUGGUUUUGUUUUGUUUGUAGUUCUCGCACUCACACCCACUUGGACACAUUGUGUGUGCCACCGCCUCUGGGACCGCGGUCACGAAGCUAAGCGCUGGUUUUGUGGCUAGCAGAGAUAUUAUGUUGUUCUGCGGGGAACAUGACUCACCACAAAGGAAGGGUGGGCUUUCUGACGGAAAAUCACUGUUCACUACUCAAUCUGUUUGUGAAAUGCGUCUGGAUAGAGUGCUGUUUUUCAGAGCCUAGGAACUCCUUCUUUGCCUGACCGUUUUUCUUCUUCUUCUGGAUAGUUGUUACACCUACUUUUUACGUGACAUUAGACGUUCAUCCACACCUAUAAAUCAGACCCAAACCACCACAACUCCUAUCAACUUUUAUUUCUUCUACUAAGAAAGGGAAAUGAUUAUUUUGUAGUGGUACUUGUGUGAAAUCUGCUCUGAGUCGGAGUAGCUCAGUUGAAUGCACAUUUGCACAAACUGAUCAGCCUUCUCUGCUCCCAUCUCUCUCUCUCUCUCUCUCUCUCUCUCUCUCUCUCAUGCGCACGCGCACCAGGGGCUGGGUUAUAUUUGCUGCUGGGUGGACUACAUAUAUGUAUAUUGUGAAAAAACAAAAACCACUAUAUUACCUUGGUCUUAUAUUAUUGUUGCUGUAAAGUUGUGAUUUAUUUGCUUACGCUUUGGAAGGGGGACGCAGAGCAAAAGGAGAGGGUGGAAGAGGGUGCAUGUUGUUGGGUCGAUGUGAUUUGUACAGCACAGACCGUUUAUUAUUUUUUGGUUUUGUUUUUCUUUCUUUGUAAUGAUCCUGAAAUGAUUUGAGCAUAUCAGAUACCAAUGAGCAGUCUGAACAAUACGCUAACAAAUAAAAAGGAACUUGGGAAAAUCUA